AUGGGUCUCAUGUUGAAGAAGCCUGCGGGCGCAGCUGGUUCAGCUCUGCCGGCCAUCAUGGUCGGUUUGUUCGUCGCCUUCGGUGGUGUAUUGUUUGGUUAUGAUACUGGUACCAUUGGUGGUAUUUUGGGUAUGAACCACUGGCGCCAGUUGUUCAGCACCGGCUACAUCAACCCCAAAGAUGGCAAUCCCGAUGUCACCUCCCAGCAAACUUCGUUGAUCGUGUCUAUCCUUUCUGCUGGAACCUUCUUCGGUGCCCUGACUGCUGCCCCGGUAGCCGAUUUCCUCGGUCGCCGGCUGGGUCUUGUGGUCUGCAACAUCGUCUUCUGUGUCGGUGUCAUUCUCCAGACUGCGGCUACUGCCAUUCCCAUGUUCGUCGCUGGCCGUUUCUUUGCUGGCUACGGUGUUGGCAUGAUCAGCGCUACCAUUCCUCUUUACCAAUCUGAGACCGCCCCCAAAUGGAUCCGUGGUACCAUUGUCGGUAGCUACCAGCUGGCCAUUACCAUCGGCAUCCUGCUCGCUGCCAUUGUGAACAACUCCUCCAAGGACCGUGACGACACUGGUUCAUACCGCAUUCCCAUCGCCGUUCAAUUUGCGUGGGCCAUUGUUCUUUUCGUCGGCUGCGUCUGGCUGCCAGAAACCCCUCGCUGGUUCAUCAAGAAGGGUCGCCCAGAAAAGGCCGCCAAGUCUCUGUCCACACUCAGGAGGCUCGAUGUUGACCACCCUGCUCUUGUUGAAGAGUUGAGCGAGAUUACUGCCAACCACGAGUACGAGUUGUCCCUCGGAAAGGCUACCUACAUUGACUGCUUCCGCGGUAACCUCGGCAAACGUCUCGCGACCGGUUGCCUUCUCCAGGCACUUCAGCAGCUUACUGGUGUCAACUUCAUCUUCUACUAUGGAACAUCCUUCUUCAAGAACUCGGGCAUCCAGAACCCCUUUGUUAUCAGCAUGAUUACCUCCUGCGUUAACGUUGCCUCUACCUUCCCUGGCCUCUACCUUGUUGAGAAGUGGGGUCGCCGCAACCUUCUGCUCUUUGGCGCCAUUGGCAUGGCUGUGUGCCAGUUCAUCGUGGCCAUCACGGGCACCGUCGCUGGUAUCGAGAACAUCUCUGCCCAGAAGACUUUGAUCGCAUUUGUAUGCAUCUACAUCUUUUUCUUUGCCUGCUCCUGGGGCCCAGUCGCUUGGGUUGUCACUGGCGAGAUCUUCCCCCUCAAGAUUCGCGCCAAGUCUCUCUCAAUGACCACAGCCUCCAACUGGCUCCUCAACUUCGCCAUCGGCUAUGCCACACCCUAUAUGGUCAACGACGGCCCUGGCAACGCCAACAUGGGCGCCAAGGUCUUCUUCGUCUGGGGCGGAUGCUGCUUCAUCUGCAUCUUCUUCGUCUGGGCUAUGAUCUACGAGACCAAGGGUCUUUCCCUGGAGCAGGUCGACGAGCUCUACGGCAAGGUCAGCAAGGCCUGGAAGUCGCCCGGCUUCGUUCCUACCGUCUCCUUCCAAGAUGUCCGCGACCUCAACGCUGAUCACCGCCGCACGAGCUUGGCAGACGCCGAGGACGCGGCCACGCGUAAGAAGAGUGCGCAGUACAACGAGACCUACGAGAAGCAGGUGUAG